UGUGUGUGUGUGUGUGUGUGUGUGUGUGUGCAUCAACCUGCUUUUUCUUUUUCUCUUUCAUUUCUGUCACCGGCUGAGAGCACAAGCUGACUACUGAACACAAGAAGUCCAAUCAUUAAUCAUGAUGCCCCAAGAAAAAACAAGCCUCCGUUUUGUCACCUGGAACACUAAUGGUAUAAGAAGCCCAGAUGAAAAGUUUGCACAUGUGUUGCACAGUCUCAGUAAACUUCAGGCUGAUAUUGUCUUUAUACAAGAGACACGUGUAGGGCCAAAUUCUUACCACAUCUUGACAGAUGUUAAAGAUUGGAAAGUCUACUUCACUGUACACAGCCCUAAAAGCAAAGGAGUUGCAAUACUGAUAAAAAACAACGUACCAUUUGAGUACAUAUGCCAUGAUGAGGAUUGUAGUGGAGGUUACAUUGUGCUCUUCUGUCAUCUGUAUGGUGAACUGCACACUCUUGUUAAUGUGUACAAUCAUAAGGCAGACAGACGUGUCUUAGGUAGAUUAAAAGAAUAUUUGAUGGAGACAGCUGAGGGUGUGCUAGUGGUUGGAGGUGAUUUCAACACAGUUUUACAUCCCAGCUUUGAUCGGAGUUCUUCAACUUUAAGGCCUUCAACAUUUAGAGAUGUUUUAGAAGACUUUACUGCUUCUCUGAAUCUCAGAGACACCUGGUCAUACUUACGCUAUGCUGAUGAGGGCUUUACACGAAGUCAGAAUGAGAGUCAGUCCAGAAUAGACAUGUUUUUCUUGCACAAAGACACACUGGUACGAGCACGUAAUAUCACUGUACAGGGCAAUGUCAUUUCUGAUCAUAAUCCAGUUGUCCUGGAACUUGAAGUGCAGCAACAGACGGAAAAAACAUUUCCAAAAGUUUCCUUGCUUUUUAAGCAAAUUCCAAAUAACAGAAGACCCAACAGGAUACCAGGGAAGAUUAGUGGGGCAGAAAUCCUGGGUGCCAUCAAGACUUUGGCUGACUCACAAGAACAAAGACCUGGUGAAAAGCAAGUGGGCUACUAUAAAAGCCAUCGAUGCCCAGUGACAGAAAGCUUAAAGAUAACUUACAACAACAUGUUAAAGACAAAUCAUGUAUCUGAAGCGUUUAAAGAAUCUUAUCCUUCACGAGACAGAUACGUCUUCAGUGCAGAAUAUUUGAUAUUCUCUCAAAUUUUAGCCAAGCGCCUUAGUGCAUACAUUUCCCCCUAUAUCAAGGAAAAGCCAGAAAAAAAUCUUGAUAAAUUUCUCACUGUGACAUUUGAGAAAGGCAUACAAGAGAUUAAGUUUUCUUUCCUUGAGACAAGCCGUGAACUUCAUAAAGACUUGAGGUCCUUUGUCCCCCCAACCAUGUUCCGUAUUCUGGGGUGCCUUCUUCCAGAAGUCCAAGGCUCUUCUGGGGAAGUAAGACAUUUGCUGCCUGGCUGUCCACUUACCAGCACUAUCCUUAAUUUAGCUCUGAAUAAACUAGAUUGGAUUAUCAAUAGUGAGAAGAAGUGCAGGAGUAGUGUUUGUUUCCACAGACAGGCUCUGCUCAUACAUGCACACCAGAGCAAACAGGAGCGAGUUGUUUGGCUAAUUGAGAAAUUCCAGGAAGAAUCAGGAAUUAAAUUUCAAAAACAAUUUCAUAGAUAGAGACUGAGAUGAUUAAAGUACACAAAUGUAUGUUACAGCUAGAUUACAUUUAUACAUUUACUGUGGUAGGAUUACAAAAUAUCCAGACACGACCAAGACAAACUAUUUAAUUUUAUAUUGUCAUCCUGACUUUAAAAUACUUUAUUGAUAUACAGCGUUACCUAGAUACUAAAUAUUUUGAGAAUGAUUAAAGGGCUUUUCAACAGCAACCAUUUGAAGAAUAUUAAGCAUAUGACAAGUUCUGUACAACAUCUGCUUUGCAAAUUGAAAUUGCAUUUAAACCUCUGUCAGAGGUGCAUUUAUUUUUUCAUGUCUGACCAAAAUUUAUAUAUAU